GUUUUCUCUCAAACAACUGCCUCAAGCCAUCUCAAGCCAUCUCAUCUCUCAGAGCGCCGACGCACAAACGCAUGUGGAGGCGGAGGCAUGGCCCAGAAGGAGUCCCAGGCGAAGGCUCGAGACGAGCGCCGUGAGCGCCGUGUCUUUCGUCUCUCGGAGCGCAACGUCAACGUGGCGCCCACGGUGUCCACGGCACCCACGGAGGAGGAGUCGCUGGUUGCUCCAGGGCGAGUUCCACAAGAACACCGCGAGAGGAAACUCAAAGUGGCUUAUGGUACAGAGGGGCGACGAGAUGAAGCAAGCAGCUGCCAAGGUGGGCCGUGGCGGCCAGACCGAACUCGGAGACCCGAACCAGCUCCUCGACCUCCGAGCUCGAAUGCCAAAGGCAAAGGUCAACAUCGUGGGAUUCCUCGCAUUUGGCGACCCUGGACCCCUACAGGUAGCACCAGACCAGAUCGUGUGGAGAACUUUGGGCGAUUCCUGCCACCGACAAAAGAGCUUUUGGAGGCCUUGGCAGGCUUGACUGGCACUGCCAAGGCACCGCCGGGUUCCUCGUGUACCUCCCGCCUGUCAAGGCCUUCUAGGCCUUGCUCUGCUCCCUCUGGGGGACCCUUCCGGAGGCGGAACCUUCGCCAGGCUGCCCGGCCUGGCUCGCCACGCCCAUGGAUUCCGCCGUGGUCAGCGCGUUGACAACGUCAGUCCUGUCCAUCAGCCUCUCAAAGCGUUUUUGGAGUGAAUUCUGCGAACUUUGCAAUCGAACAAUGAAGUGUCCUUCCCCUAAGCCCUCCAGUGUGAGAAACUCAAAAGGUGGUUCCAAGCUUAUAUAAUUGUCAUUAGGCCUGG